UGCUUGCCAAAAAGACUGUUUUAUGGAGAACUCACACAGGGCAAAGGUUCACAUGGUGGUCAGAAGAAGCGGUACAAGGACACUGAAGAUCUCUUUUAAGAAUUUUGGAAUUGAUUGUGUGACAUGGGAGACACUAGCACAGGACCGGGACCACUCAGCAUGGCAUGCCACAUCAGAAAAGGUUUAACUUGAAGACUGACUUCAGCACAGGAGCACCUACGUUUGUAUCAAUGGUUGGGAAAAGAUAGUGACCAGAAGCAAAGGUUGGGAAAAACAUCUCGGUGUAAUAAGGAAGAUGAGUAUGCUAAAACCAAGUGGGCUUAAGGCCCCUAGUAAGAUCAGUAAGCCUGGAUCUACUGCCUUGAAGACACCUGCUGCUGCUCCAGCGCCAGUAGAAAAGGCAGUAUCCGUUGAUCAGACAUCAAGUGCACCAUCCCCUGAGACUCAUGAAGAGUUUGUGGAUGACUUUCGAGUUGGGGAACGUGUUUGGGUGAAUGGCAACAAGCCUGGAUUCAUCCAGUUUCUUGGGGAGACACAGUUUGCACCAGGCCAGUGGGCUGGAAUUGUGUUGGAUGAACCAAUUGGCAAGAAUGAUGGAUCAGUGGCAGGAAUUCGGUAUUUCCAGUGUGAACCUUUAAAGGGCAUCUUUACAAGGCCUUCAAAGCUGACGAGGAAAGUGCUGACAGAAGAUGAAGCCAAUGGCAUGCCGGCUGCCUCUGCUUCCAGAGCCACAUCCCCUCUCUCCACUUCCACGGUCAGCGUGGCAUCCUCAUCUCCGGCUGCACCUUCCCCCAGCAGUAUACCCCAUAAGGCUUCCCAGCCCAUAGCUAAGGAAUCUGCUACUACUACUCAGAUCAGCAACCUCACCAGAACAGCUAGUGAGUCCGUCUCCAACCUUUCAGAAGCUGGGUCCGUAAAGAAAGGAGAAAGAGAGCUGAAAAUUGGUGAUCGAGUCUUGGUUGGUGGCACAAAAGCUGGGGUAGUACGAUUUCUUGGGGAGACAGACUUUGCCAAAGGAGAAUGGUGUGGUGUGGAGUUGGAUGAACCUCUUGGAAAGAACGAUGGAGCAGUUGCUGGAACAAGGUAUUUUCAGUGUCAACCCAAAUAUGGUUUGUUUGCUCCUGUCCAUAAAGUGACAAAGAUUGGCUUCCCUUCUACAACACCAGCCAAAGCCAAGGCUGCCGCUGUGAGGAAAGUGAUGGCAACUCCAGGCAGCCUGAAGCGUAGUCCUUCGGCCUCCUCUCUCAGCUCCCUGAGUUCUGUAGCCUCCUCCGUAAGCAGCAAGCCCAGUCGUACAGGAUUAUUGACUGAAACUUCUUCAAGAUAUGCCAGGAAGAUCUCCGGCACCACCGCCCUCCAAGAGGCUCUGAAGGAGAAGCAGCAGCACAUCGAACAGCUGCUGGCUGAGAGGGACCUAGAGAGGGCGGAGGUGGCAAAAGCAACAAGCCAUGUGGGGGAAAUAGAGCAGAAACUAGCUCUGGCUCGGGAUGGACAUGAUCAGCAUGUCCUGGAAAUGGAAGCAAAGAUGGAUCAGCUGCGAGCUAUGGUGGAAGCUGCUGAUAGGGAGAAGGUGGAGCUUCUCAACCAACUAGAGGAAGAGAAAAGGAAGGUUGAAGACCUUCAGUUCAGAGUGGAGGAGGAAUCUAUUACCAAAGGCGAUCUUGAGCAAAAGAGCCAGAUAUCUGAAGAUCCUGAGAAUACGCAGACCAAACUGGAGCAUGCCCGCAUUAAGGAGCUUGAACAAAGCCUGCUCUUUGAAAAGACCAAAGCUGACAAACUCCAGAGGGAGUUAGAAGACACUAGGGUGGCUACAGUUUCAGAAAAGUCUCGUAUUAUGGAGCUAGAGAGAGACUUAACAUUAAGAAUACAGGAAGUAGCUGAGCUUCGAAGAAGUUUGGAGUCCAGUAAACCAGCUGGUGAUGUGGACACUUCACUCUCUCUUUUGCAAGAGAUAAGCUCUUUGCAGGAAAAAUUAGAAGCCAUGCAUAUUGACCACCAACAUGAAAUAAUUUCUCUAAAGGAACAUUUUGGAGCCACAGAAGAAAGUCAUCAAAAGGAAGUGAAGGCGCUUCAUGCAGCAUCUGAAAAGCUCUCAAAGGAGAACGAGUCUUUGAAAAGCAAGCUUGACCAUGCUAACAAGGAGAACUCUGAAGUGAUAGCUCUGUGGAAGUCGAAACUAGAAUCUGCCAUUGCUUCCCAUCAACAGGCAAUGGAAGAACUCAAAGUUUCAUUUAGCAGAAGUGUUGGGUCUGAGACGGCGGAAUUUGCUGAGCUAAAGACACAGAUUGAAAAAUUGAAACUAGACUAUCAGGGUGAAAUAGAGACUUUGAAAUGCAAACAAGACUCGGAACGGUCUGCUCAUGCUAAAGAGAUGGAAAUCCUUAAGACUAAGCUGAUGAAAAUCAUUAAAGAAAAGGAGCAAGGUUUAGAAGGCCUCAGACUCCAGAUGGAAAAAGCAGAAGACCAACAUCUAGUAGAGAUGGAAGACACAUUAAACAAAUUGCAGGAAGCGGAAAUAAAGGUAAAAGAGCUAAAAGUACUGCAAGCCAAAUACAAUGAACAAACCAAGGUUAUUGAUAAUAUUACAACCCAGCUCAAGGCUACCGAAGAAAAACUCUUGGACCUUGAUGCACUUUGGAAAGCCAAUUCCGAAGGUAAAUUGGAAGUGCAAAAACUUAGCCAGCAGCUUGAGGCAGCUGAGAAACAAAUUAAAAAUUUAGAGAUGGAAAAAAUUGCCACAAGUGGCAAGGCUAGUCACAUAACAAAAGAACUACAAGGGAAAGAGUUAAAGCUCAUUAAUCUUCAGAAAAAUUUGAGUGAAGUGAGUCAAGUGAAAGAUGAUUUGGAAAAAGAGCUUCAGAUUUUGAAAAAAAAGUUUGCGGAUGCUUCAGAGGAAUCAGUGGAUAUUCAACAAAAAAUGCAAGAAACGCUAAAUAAACUACACCAAAAAGAAGAACAGUUUAGUGCUCUGUCUUCUGAUCUGAAGAAACUGAAAUGUAACUUGUCAGAUAUGGAAAAGAAAUUUAAAGAGAAGGAUGAAAGAGAACAGCAGUUAGUAGAAGCAAAGGAAAAACUAGAAAGUGAAAUUGUGGAAGUCAUGAAGAUGUCGGGAGAUAAUUCUUCCCAGUUGACAAGAAUGAAUGAAGAACUUAGGCUGAAAGAUAAAUUUGUGGAAGAAUUACAGCUACGGCUUUCAAAGGCAAAUGAUGAAGCCGCUUUUCUGCAGAAAAGUAUUGGGGAGGCAACUCUGAAAGCUGAGCAGGAUCAGCAGAAUGUAAUUGCAAGGCAUGAGGAAGAAAAGAGGGAAUUACAGAACAAAGUAUUAGAUCUGGAAAGGCAAAUUGAGGUAAGCCAUAGCGAAUGCCAGGACCUCCAGGCAAGGCAUGAAAAAGCCAAUUCUGAGAAAGUCAUAGAACACGAAGCAGCUGUGCUCAGUCUGAAGAAAGCUCUGCAGGAUACUGAGGGAACCCUGAAAGAAGCCCAGAGGAAGAACAGUGAUUUACUGAAGGAGAUGGAAGAACUGAAAAAGCAAGCCGACAAAGCCAAAGUUGCCCAAACAGCAGAAGAUGCUAUGCAGCUGAUGGAACAGAUGACCAAGGAGAAGACUGAGACUCUUGCUUCCUUGGAGGAUACCAGGCAAACAAAUGAAAAACUAAAAAAUGAAUUGAAUGCACUUAAAGAAAAUAACUCCAAAAAUGUUGAAGAAUUGAACAAAUCAAAGGAACGUCUCACAGCAGAGAACCAAAAAAUGGAGGAAUUCAGGAAGGAAAUAGAAGCCUUGAAGCAGGCAGCAGCUUGGAAGUCCCAACAGCUUUCGGCAUUGCAGGAGGAGAAUCUCAAACUUGCUGAGGAGCUGGGAAGAAGCAGAGAAGAGGUCACGAGUCAUCAAAAGCUGGAGGGCGAGAGAUCUGUACUCAAUAACCAGCUGUUAGAGAUGAAAAAGAGAGAAUCCGUGUACAAAACAGACACUGAUGAAGAGAGAGCUUCCUUACAGAAAUCCAUCAGUAUUACUAGUGCCUUGCUCACAGAGAAGGACGCAGAACUGGAAAAACUCAGAAAUGAGGUCACAGUGCUCCGGGGAGAAAAUGCUUCUGCCAAGUCUCUACAUUCAGUUGUUCAGUCAUUAGAAUCGGACAAGGUGAAGCUGGAGCUGAAGGUGAAGAACCUAGAGCUAAAACUUAAAGAAAACCAGAGGCAGCUGAGCGGCUUUGGAGGUAAUUCUGAAGAGGAAGAAAGAGCUCAAGAGAGUCAGCAAAUGAUUGAUUUCCUGAAUUCGGUAAUAGUGGAUCUUCAGAGGAGAAAUCAAGACUUAAAGAUGAAGGUAGAAAUGAUGUCAGAAGCUGCUCUCAAUGGGAAUGACCUGAAUAACUAUGACAGUGAUGACCAGGAGAAACAGUUCAAAAAGAAACCUCGCCUUUUCUGUGAUAUUUGUGACUGCUUUGACCUCCAUGACACUGAGGACUGUCCCACCCAGACCCAGGUGUCAGAAGAUCCUCCCCAUUCCACACACCAUGGCAGCCGGAGUGAAGAGCGCCCCUACUGUGAGAUCUGUGAGAUGUUUGGGCACUGGGCAACCAAUUGUAAUGACGAUGAGACCUUCUGAUGCCCCCCACGCCAGGAAUGUUAUCUUUUUCAGAUGCACGCACACUUGGACAGUGUAACACCAGCAUUUGUGAGUGCAGACUUCAGGAACAGUCACAUUAUUUUUUGACCCCUUCAACUCUUUAAAAGAAAAAUAUUUUGAUCUUCCAUGAACAACCCUUUUUAUUCUUUCUUCAAGCUAAAGUUGAAAUAAUAAAUAGGUGACUUGUCACCUCUUAUUUGUCUUCUUUAUGUGUUUGAUAUUUAAUAAGACAUUUGCACCAGAUGCCAUUAUGUUAAUUAUCCAUAGGGAAACCUCAUGGAGCAGAGAACUAUCCUUAUGUUAUCUUAUUUAAAUAAAAUUUAAAAUUAUGCUGUUAA